UCUUUACACCGAUAAACAUUUGCGCUGGUUUUAUUUGACAACAACAACCGCUAUAAAAGAAAAAGAAAAAGAAACCCCUUUCCAAAAUUCAAUAACUUUAAGAAAGAAAAUUCAAAGAGUAGGAAAAGAAUUGGUAACCCAAAACCAACCCCCAAAUGUAUUAAAAGUCUUCAUGUAGACUUUUAAUAAUCCUAGGCCUAAAAUAAAUCCCAACACCAAACACAAUAUAAUCAAAUUUCUUAUCAAACGCCACAUCUCCAUCUCCCCAAAUGGCAAAGCUGCAAUUCCAAAUGAUUUCAAUCCUCGUAGUCGCAUUCGCCACGCUUGCGGCGGCGCAGUCCGAAGAUUGCACGAAUGUGGUGGUGAGCAUGUCGCCGUGCCUCAACUACGGCAACUCCUCCGCCGCCCCCUCGGCCGCGUGCUGCACGCAGCUGAGCACGGUAGCCCGCUCCCAACCACAGUGCUUAUGUCAAGUAAUGGACGGCGGAGGAUUGACCGUUGACCGGAGUCAAGCUCAAGCCCUCCCUAAAGCUUGUAAUGUCCAAACUCCCGAUCUCAACAACUGCAAAGGGGGUGGAUCAUCAUCACCUGGAAAUGGCUCCUCCGAUGCAAGUGCAACUUCCUUUGGAUUUAGCAGAUUCUAUGUUAUUUUUCUUGUUUUAAUUUUUUACAUACACGUUUUUAGUUUUUCUAUGGUGGGUGGGGGUUGGUGAGGGGUAACUGUCUCUAGAUUGAUUGAAUUAUAAAAAUUCAUCUACAAUGUAUAACCAAGUUUCCUUAAUUGUAGUAUAUAAAUGAGUUGAAGG